ACACUUAAGUGCGGAGCUAUUUGAUUUCUGGAAUAUGGCGGAAGGCAGGAUGAAUUUAGCUGCUCUGCAGCAGAGAGAUCCGUAUAUUACAGAAAUUCUCGAUACAGCAUCGCAAGUAGCCCUUUAUUCAUUCAGCGCUGUAGCUAAUGAAUGGGAGAAGACCUCUAUAGAAGGUUCCUUGUUUUUGUACCAAAGGUCAGCUGCCCCAACCCACGGCUUCAUGAUCCUGAACCGCCUGGGCCUCAAGAAUCUCAUUGAACCAAUCAGCAAGGAGCUAGAGUUCCAGCAGCAGGACCCGUUCCUUCUCUACAGGAAUGCCAAAGCUAUAUAUGGUAUCUGGUUUUAUGACAAAGAGGAAUGCACUCGGAUUGGUCAGCUGAUGAACAGCUUCUUGCAGCAGGUGAUUGAUAGUAAGAAGGCCAAGGAAGAGGCGCGGGACACCAUUACACCUAAAGCUGAGUUGGUGUUACCUGCUCUGGCCAUGGGUAAUAGGAAUGUAGACAUCAUGCAGCUCUUGUCCAAGGCACAGCAUGAAUAUGACAAGUGUAAGGUGCCUGGUGGGGACCCUAAGCCAUUUAUAGACAAUCCAAAUGCCUCAGCUACCAAGGCCUCAAACCUUAUCAAACCAAAACCUCUCAAGAUUCCUGGAGCAGGAACAGAGGAGGAAGAUACAGAUCAAAGCCAGCUAGCAACCACCCCUACCGCCACACUCACUUUGGAGACAUUGUUCAGGACUGCCAGUCUGCAGCAGACCCAACAACAGGCUGACCUUCCAAACAUCCCCAAAACUUCACAGUUCCACAGGUCAAUGUCUGUGACCGAUGCAGAGCGUCACAUGACCAGUCAGCCAUCGUCUGGGGAUACGUUCCCACCAUUGCUUCGCCAGAUCAUGUCGUCAAGCUCCAUGGUGGAGGAUAUUGAACGUCAACAGUGGGUGGAUCCCUCGGGACCAGACUCUAGCCAUGUGUCAAGUGUGGCCGAGGACCCUAAUGUCAGUCAAAAAGCCCCAGGUGGCAGAGGUGAAGCAAAACGCUCAAAACCCCAUGGAGGGGAUGGCAAAAAGUCACCGCGAGGGGGUAGAAGUGAUCUCAAAGACAAGUACCAGGGGGGUGGGGAUGCACAAUCUGUGGACGUUAUCAAACAGUUGUUGUCAAGUGGGUCUAAGGCCCCGCAGAGACAGGCCAAAUCUGUGUCACCAGGGAUCAAACAUUCUGCAGAACCAGAUCCUGCUCCGAUUCAUAUUGGCAGUGAGCUUUUAACGCCUGCUGCAUUAGAACAGAAGACAUCAGGCAUCUCAUCACUCUCAGAUGUGGCAUCAGCCAGCAGUUCCCUACCCCAAGGGCCAGUUGCACCCAUGGGGUCAGAUGUCCUCCUCACCCCUAUGGCAUUUGCUAAUGUACCUCUCCCAGGGGCCAAGGUCUCGCCUGGUCCCGUGGUGGCACUCAACACAACCGCAGCAUCAGAUGACAGUAAUCCACUGGACCGUAGUGGGGGUUCCAGUAGCUCUGAGUCCAUCCCUGUAGCAGCGCUUACCAAGGAACAGUUACACCAGGCCAUGCUUUACCUCCUCAAGAAUGACCCCAACUUUCUCAACAUACUACAUGAGGGAUACCUAAGCAGUCUCAAAGAAUUGGCAGGAUCUAGACCCUGAUGCUGAUUUUACUAUUUAAUGGUUAUCUCCCCUGAAUAGUUCCUGGUACAGAUGUUGCCUAGCAACAACAAGUCUCGGUGGAAAAUGUGGUGCUAAGUUUACCAGGACAAAGUGCUACUGACAGCUGAUAGUCCGAUCAGAUCAUCUACUGGAUUUUAGGGGCCAAAUUAGGGGUUUUGCAAAUUAUCUCUUUAAAUUUGCAUUAUAUUGAACUUUUUAUUGACAUAAUAAGUCAUAAUGUGAUUAUGAAAUGUUUUACUGACAGCUAUAUUUUUGUGAUAUUUGUAGUGUUACUGUUUCUACAGUCCAAACCUGACUGGCUAAGGGCUAAUUGACGUUAUGUGACACUUAGUCGUCAUGGCAAUAGGUUGUCAUCAUACCACUAGGUCUGUCUUUUUAAUAAAUUUAAAACUUACUGUUUCAUUGAUAUCUUAAAUGAUGUAUGUUGCUGUGUAUUUUAUUUAUGUAGUUUUUGAUUGGUGCAAAGGGAGACAAUCCAGACACAUAAGAUUAUUUUUGUGUAGGUGUCACAACAGUGAAGUGUGACUUUUGACUUGCCAAAGAUGACAUGCUAUACCAUAGAUUUUGGUAUGAUCCAAACCUACCUAACCACCCCAUGUUCUGCUAUGCUGGACCCAACUCUGUAAAUCGAGUCCACAUCAGAAGAUUGGAUGGAAGAAGGCAUUGGAUAGUCAGUAGCUGAAAGCUAGUGUAAAUACUCAUCAGAUUUUUUUUAUGGCUUUGUAAACAUUCUAAAAUAAGUGACAUCAUUUUUAUUGAUAUUAUGACAAUAAGACAGUGAUAUAUGUUAUUUGUAAUAGUCAUAUCUCAUAUGGGACUGUUUAAUAUAAUGCUGUAUAGCUGGCUACUCACCAGAGUUGUAUCAUCAGUUCUAGUGAGAGAUACUGCUCCCUAUAUAUAGCAGUACUUAUAAUACACUGAGAUGUACAAGUAAAGAUCAGCAUAUACAUGGCAGGAUUUACCAUUAGAUAAAGGGUAUCUUGACCAAGUGUACUAGAUGCCAAUAUAAUUAUCCUGCAAUAAGUCAAUGUCUAGUAAUAAGCCCCACCUAUAUAUUGCUGUUCAGUAAAAUUAUCAACAGAUGUAAUUUCAUUGUCCUAUAAUAAGCCAAACCUCUGACUGCAUUGGGAUGGAUAGUACUUGGUAUAUACUGACUAUGCUGUAGUAUAUUGGGACAGUAUUGUUACUGACCGUGCUGUAGUAUAUUGGGACAGUAUUGUUACUGACUGUACUGUAGUAUAUUGGGACAGUAUUGUUACUGACCGUGCUGUAGUAUAUUGGGACAGUAUUGUUACUGACCAUGCUGUAGUAUAUUGGGACAGUAUUGUCACUGACCAUGCUGUAGUAUAUUGGGACACUAUUGUUACUGACCAUGCUGUAGUAUAUUGGGACAGUAUUGUUACUGACCGUACUGUAGUAUAUUGGGACAGUAUUGUUACUGACCAUGCUGUAGUAUAUUUUGGACAGUAUUGUUACUGACCGUGCUGUAGUAUAUUGGGACAGUAUUGUUACUCACCAUGCUGUAGUAUAUUGGGACAGUAUUGUCACUGACCGUGCUGUAGUAUAUUGGGACAGUAUUGUUAUGAACUUCCAUAUAUCCUAGUCAGUGUCCUUGUCUCGUGGGGAUUCCACAUGCAGGUGCUACAACCCAGAUAUACAACUGCUUAUUGACUUUCAUAUUGUCGAGGAUGUGUUCAUUUCCCCAGCAGAGAUUGUAACAGUAGUUAUAAUUUGUUAAUUGUGAAACCUUUCUGCCAACAUAUAGAUAAGAUAUAAUAUGAAUUUAUAUUUUUUCUGUACUGUGGUGAUGAUGAAGUAUGUGUGUUGAGAACAGGAGCUGGCAAGCUAUCUAGUCUAGACAUUUUGGUAUCAAACAAAUAUGAUGUUUUUAUCAAAUACAUUUCAACUUAAGAUGUAGCUGAAAUCAUUAUAUUGUAGAAUAUUACAAGGGUUACCACCCUAAACAGUAUGAUCUCCCUGCUUAUAGAGCUGUACAAUGUCAUGACACUGCUCUCUGAUCUGCUGUGUAUUUCCGAGAUGUAGGAGUGUUCUCUGGACAAUCACUUACCUAGUGCAGCUUGAUGUUUAUAUUUGGUGAGAUUUUGGACAAUAUCUUCUUAUCUUGCUUCUGUGUUCAAUACUACUGAAAUGUGAUGCCUUCGUUGUGUGUAAAGUUAGUGUUAGGCUACUCACUGUUUUCUACUUGUGUUAAAUGUCCCUUAAUACGAUAAUAUCAUCGUUAUGAUACAUUUAACUACAUCUGUUUUUCCCCUUACACUACCAGGUAUACAGUAGUUGCUUUCUAGUAUGAAUUAUAAGUCUGGAUUUACAAGAUCAGACAUGUUGGUCCCUCUGGAACAGGAGUUAUCAUUUAUUGAUGUCUCUAGACUACAAGUCUUACUUAGUAAGUAGAAUUUGUACGUAGACGACAAGUUUGAUAUGUUUCCUAUAAGCUGUAGAUAAGUGCAAUAUUCUAAGUAUUAUGUGAUACUGACUUUAGAUUAUAUCAACAUACACUAAAGUUAAAAUUCAGUUCUGGCCUCAAUGAUUGGAGGUUCAUGUAUUAUAUAAUAUCUGGAAGUUGUUUCUAUUAUUAAAUUACAAUUUAAGCCACCCAUAGGUUAAGUCACAAUAUAUAUAUGUUACUAUUAAUAAGUGAACACAAACAGUAUUACUGCAGACAAAUAAUCAUACAGGAUAUUACUUAGCACAGGAAUCCACCUGUAACUCACCACACAACUCAAGUAACCACACAAUUAAGAUGUUACUGCACACAGGUAGAAAAUUGAUAACUAAUUAUACACACCCUCCCUGGGAAGGAAGUUAGGGGAGUUUACUGAAUCAUCUUGUCCAUCCGUAAAUGUACCGGAGCAUUCCGUUAUUUUUCAGAUAAUAUUUUUUCAGAUUGAUGAUGUAGUCAGGGUUAUUAGUCUGUUUUCCUGGCAAGAAUUCUUAUUUACUAAGGUUGAGGCAGGCAGAUAGGACAUUGAUUUCCUACAGGUGACCAGAUGUAAUUACAUAUGGGUAAAAACAUUAGGUGUUACUUCACACAGGUAAAAUGUGUCAUUGGUGGUGUACCUUUCACUAGAAGGGAGGUAACUCUUCAAUCUUUGGUAAAUUGUCACUGUUGUCUUACUAAGUGUUAUGUGUACCGUGAUGUAUCUGUCCGUCCCUCGUAUCACCUUCUACAAUUUUAGUGACCUCUCCAACAUGUUUUUUUGUCACAUCAAAUAUCACUCUUUUUCACGUCCAAACAAUUUUCUUAAAAGUGCAUAUCAAAUGUGACAUAACUUGUGUGUGAAUUUAAGUGUAUGUGUGUGCGCAUCUAUUUUCCAUGUUUCAUUAGUGAGAUCAAACAGUUACUGAAGGAUAUAUCUAUAGGCAUAAAGCUUACAUCUAUAGGCAUAACUUUCCCAUUAUUGAUUCAGAAUAACACAUUUUCAAAAGGAAAAUAAAAAGGUGUUUUUAGAAUUAUUAUAUCAGAUAUAUCAGAGAGCUUUGGAUGACUUAGCAUUACGACAGAUUCAUUGUUUUUUAAGAUCUGAUAUAAUACUAGUCCAUUUGUUUUGUAAAUAUUGAUCAUAUUUUAGAUUGAUGAACAAUUUCCAAGAUUUUGAAUAUGAAUAUGAACAUCCUCAUCUCCCGUGACGUAAAUAUUAAGCUGUUUUUUUUCCUUUAUUGAAUCCUGUGCUACAUUUUCCUCACCCUGUAUGAGGCUCUAGCUCUCCAGCACUGCUGUAAAUCUGUAGGAUUCUGUUUUGUCCCCAAAAACUUUCUUUUUCAGAGCUCUGUCAGUCCAUAAGAGGUCUGCUGGUGGUCCUCAAAAGGGGGGAUAACUCCUCCACAUCUACAGGUCAUGGAGCUGGCCUCUGUAGUGACAUUGUUGUUGUUAAUGAUACAUUUUACCUAGAACGAUAGAUACACUGUGACAGACAUCUUCAUGGCUUUAGAAAUCCCUAAAUUGCAAAUUUUAGGUCCCAGUUUGAUGAAUGUUUGAGAUCAAGGGAAAAUGUUAAUUAGAGAAACUUUCCCUUAAUUCUGCAACACUUUCCUUUGGGAAAUUUAAGAUAUCGGAGUUCCUUAGAUAAGUGAUCAUUUUUGAUACUGGGGCCUGGCCUUAUAUUUUAUGUAUGAGUGAAUUUUGUGCAAUGAUUGUCUUUUAGCAAAAUGUUUCCAAUAUGAAAUGAAAUGUGUGUUUAUUCAAUAUGUAAACUAAAAAGCUCUCCAUCCCUGACAAACACCUCUCUCUGAGUGUUUGAUCUCUUCUUUAAUGUUACUUUUUUUCAUUUUUUGCCAACUUACUUGAAAAAAUAUGUCUACUAUGUUUGUUUAUUUGUUUAGGGGUUUUUUUUGGGGGGGGUUUUUUCCAGCGGUUUAAAAGUUCUCCUGGUGCACUAACUAUGUUGACUGGGCAGCAUUUAAGUAAAAUACACUGCAGUAUUUUAACACACAUUUUUGCUAUGUGUAUGUAUGUGAAUUUAUACGAAUGAAAAAUAAAUUAAUAUAUUGCUUUCGCUGGCUACAAUUUAUAUCUACUGAAUAUUUAUGAAUAUCCCUUCAAGUGUGAUAGGAACAUUUUGACUGGAAGUGCAUCUUCAAAAUUGACGGGCUGUCAAUUAAUCGAUAAAUGAGCUCAAGCCCUGGAGUUUGAGGAUGACUAAGUGUAGCACACAUGUUCUAUUUAUUUAUGUUGAUGUGUUGUUUACUCUUUAUGUUACGAAAGAAGUGUAUGCAAACAAUUUUAAUUGAUAUUUUCAUCUUUAUCUCAGUUAAAAUUUUCAUUGUACCUGUGAAAAUAUCAAAUAUUAUAUAUCAUUGACACCUAUUCAUUUUACCUGUGAAAAUGUCAAUAUCAUUGACACCUGUUAAUUUUACCUGUGAAAAUAUCAUUGUUGGAUUUGUGACUACGUCUCGGUGAUACUGUGGCUUAUCAAAUUGUGUUCAAUUGUUGUUGUUCCAUAAUAAAAUGUAUAGAUUUUAACAUUACUAGUCAAUGGCAGAGUUGAUCACCAACGGACCACCCAUUGUAGUAUACAUUGUGUUUAAAGUCUGAAAGUAACUGUAUGAGGAUGUUUAGAUUCACAAAAUUUUAAUUUUCCCUGUGUGUAGUUUUGUUUGUUACUGUUUUUGUUUUAGUGAAGUAGGGUUUAUUGCUGUCGGUAUGAUGAUUACUACUUCAAAAGUACAGGUCCUUACAAUGGGUAAUGGCCCAGUAAGGAAAGGAGUCAAGUCUGUGUACGAUAGGAGGAAGGGAGUUUGUAUACAGUCAGAGUGUGUGAACAUGUUUCUAUAUGAUCAAAGGGUGUCAAUAUGUUUUGUGUACCAUCAGAGGUUGUGAUUUGUACAUGAUAGAAGAAUAGUUGCAAAAGAAUAUAGAAUGGGAGAAAGGUUGCAGAAUCAUGGCAGGCUGUUAAAAUGUUGUGACUGAUGAUAAAGAGAAAGUUUUAUGUCUGAGGUAAGGAAGUGUGAAAGCUGGGUAGAACAGUGUGGCUAUGAUAGGAUGAUAGGAUGAUAGACAGUAUGGAAAAGUUUGUAAAAUCAUCGGUGAAGUUGAAAUUAAGGUAUAUAUAGUGUGAGGAGGUAACCAUGUUUGUCUAGAACGUACAAUCCUUUAAUAUAUGAUCCAAUAUUAGGUACAAAGGGAGAGUACUCUGACAUGAUUUAACAUUCAGAAGAUAGACAUGCCAAGGUUAAAAUGAUUCCUAUUGUUUGUUUAUUGACAUGUUGUAAACAUCCUUAGCUAAUAUCAGAAACUGUUUUAAUCACGGCUAUGAUUAUAAGCUUUUUGAUAAAUCUUUUUUUUAAUUAUAAUUUUAAGGAGAUUAUGUGUUGAAACUGAAAAUUUGAAGAUAUAGGAGUUGAAAAGCUUUCAAAAAUUCGAUUUUUAAAACAAGCUUUUCAUAGAGUCUGUUGUAGUUUUAAAGUUUGGAAAAAAAAAUUCAUUUUUGUAUUUUGAUAUCAUAUUUUAACUUCUUUUCUCAAGUUCAUCUUUUUUUUUAUUCCGUAAAAUCUUCAGUAUCAUGUACAACAAAGUAAUUCUUGUAAUUGCUGUAUUUGUACAGACAUUAAAUAUAAUAGACAAUGUGGUGAUACCCUAUGAACAAAUUUGCAACUUGCUUAAGAACAAUUGGGCCGUCGGGUAUUCAUGCAAGACAAAAUGUCAACAAGUUUGAAAUAUUUCACAGUAAUUAAAAUACCAAAAUAAAGAUCAUCAAUAAUUGUUAAAUGAUGGAUUAGUUUUAUUGAAUGGGUGUCGGGGAGGGGAAGAGAAUGAUAGGUGCAAGACUAAAAUUGAAUUUUAUGUUCCAAAGUAUAAUCAUAUAUAUAAUUUAAUUGAAGGCCCAGUUGUGUUCAUCUGGUGAGUAAUCACAGGUUUGUCAGCAUUGUGAGAUAUUUUCAGUAUAUAACUACAUUGUGAGGUUAUAGCUGUAAAUUUGUCAGCAUUGUGAGAUUUUUUCAGUAUAUAACUACAUUGUGAGGUUAUAGCUGAAGAAGGGUGUAUGUAUGUGGGGGCUCAAAUUAAAACAUGUUUUGGGGGAUUUUGUUCUUAUUACAUGGCACAUUAUCAAGGGUGAAUUUAAUUUUUUUAUGCCGAUAGGGUCUGGGAGUAAAGCUGUAUUGCUAAGAAAUGUCUUAAGGAGAGGGUGCUAUAAUAAAUAUUAAGUUUGAUGAAGUAAAAAUUAAAUAGAAUAUAAAAAAUUAAUAGGAUGAAAAAUGCACAAGGAAUGAGGAUUAGAACAAAUAUCAACAAAAGAGAAAAGAUAAACUACAGGUGUACGUAUAAAAAAAAUCAUGGAGAAAGUGAUAAAACAGGAAAAUACGUUCUGGGGAAAGCAGGUUUGUUCUGGGGAGAGGGGAAUAUGUUCUGGGGAGAGGGGAAUAUGUUCUGGGCGGAGGGUACAUUUUCUGGGGAGAAGGGAAUAUGUUCUGGGCUGAGGGUACAAUUUUUGGGGAGAGGGGAAUAUGUUCUGGGCGGAGGGUACAUUUUCUGGGGAGAAGGGAAUAUGUUCUGGGCUGAGGGUACAAUUUUUGGGGAGAGGGGAAUAUGUUCUGGGCGGAGGGUACAUUUUCUGGGGAGAAGGGAAUAUGUUCUGGGGUGAGGGUACAUUUUCACGGGAGAGGGGGUAUGUUCUGGGCUGAGGGUACAUUUUCUGGGGAGAGGGGGUAUGUUCUGGGGUGAGGGUACAUUUUCUGGGGAGAAGGGAAUAUGUUCUGAGGUGAGGGUACAUUUUCACAGAGAGGGGGUAUGUUCUAGGCAGAGGGUGCAUUUUCUGGAGAAUUGGGAAUAUGAACUGGACUGAGGGUACAUUUUUAUGGGGAGGGGGUAUGUUCUGGACUGAGGGUACAUUUUCAUGGGGAAGGGAAAUGUUUGGGGUGAGGGUACAUUUUCUAGGGAGAUAGGGAGAUGUUCUGGGCUGAGGGUAAUGUUCAUGAGAAGGGGGAUAUGUUUUGUCCCGAGGGUAUAUUUUCUGGGGAGAGGGGAGGGGGAUAUGUUCUGGACUGAGGGAACAUUUUGUUGGGAAAGGGAGAUAUAUUAUGGGAUGAGGGUAUAUUUUCUGGGGUAAGGGGUGAAGGGAUAUGUCUCUGGAGAUAGGGAGUAUGUUAUAAGAGGGGAAUAUGUUUUUGGGAGAGGUGAAGAUAUUCAGGAGUAAGGAAAUUGGUAUACCCUGAAGAGAGUUUGGGUGGAGGUGGGUUUUGGGGAGGGGGUUUCUGUGG